AUGGAUAAAUUUGUAACAUCUAUUCGUUCACUUAAAAGACAAUAUGAGGACAACGAAUUUGAAACCGACAAUCCUGGACCGUCUGAACGCGAACCAUAUAUUCAAGAUAAUACAUCGUCUAAAAUGAAUGCAACAAUUGAUGAAAAAGAAAAUUACCUAUUAGAUGGUACAUUUUUUAAGAAGAUUUCAAACACUGGAUCAAAAAUGUCAGUUACUUGUUUAAACUGCAACAAAAAGAUAAUUGCGUACUCAGGUUCUACCGGGAACUUAUUGAGUCACUAUAAACAUGUGCAUCCGGGUUUGAUGACUGAAUUAAAAGCAUACAAAAUAAAGAAAUCUACUUCUACUGGUGUGUCAAAACAGUCAAAACAAAUUACAAUAUGUCAUUCUACUGAAAACUCUGGAUUCAAGAGGAAAUGUUCGAAAGAAAAGGUUACCGAAUUGGUGUUCGACUAUAUUGUAGAAGAGAUGAAGCCGAUAUCAACGUGUGAAAAACCUUCGUUUCGAGCACUUAUUAUUGGCCUGACUAGUGACAAUUUUGUACCUGAUAGGAGAGCCAUUAGUAAUCAGCUAUUAAACAAGUACAAAACAUAUGUAACUGACUUAACAAAUUUAAUUUCUGAGCAAAUGUAUGUAUGUAUUACUACAGAUAUAUGGAGUUCAUUAAAUAAAAGUUAUUUAGGAAUGACACUGCAUUACAUAGAAGAAAAAUCAUACAAUCGAUUUUCAUAUGUUCUAGCAUGUCAACGAAUAGAAGGAAGCCAUAAUUAUUCAAACAUUGCUAAAUGUAUUUCUAAAGUUAUGAAUAGUUAUAAAAUUAAUGUCACAAAAAUAACACAUACAGUUACAGACAAUGCCAGUAAUUUUGGUAAAGCCUUUCGUGUUUAUGCACAACAAUUUGCACCGCCUGAAACAGUUUCAAAAAAUAAUGUCACUUUAGAUGCUCAAAAUAUUAAUAUAUUGAUGGAUGCUUUCGACCAAAAUACUGAACACCAUUUUGAACUAGAAUCUGAAUUUUUACAAAAUGAUGUUGAAAAUGAUCCGGAUGAUAUUAUAGAUGUAGUUAAUGUUUCUGAUAUUUUAACUAUAGCUUCCAACAACUAUAAUGAAUAUUCUGAAGACAAUGAUGAUUUGGAUAUAAUUCUUUCUAAUCAUAUAACAUGCUCUGCACACACUCUCAAUUUAGUUGCUACCAUUGAUACUUCAAAAAUUACUAAUAAUCAAUACAAAAUAAUAUCUAGAUCUGCUUUUGGUAAAUUGACAGCCUUCUGGAAUUUAGUUAGCAGGAGUACAAUGGCAUCGGAUGUAGUUUUUAAUAUAUGUAAGUGUAAAUUCCCUUUACCCGUAAUAACUCGAUGGAAUUCAUUUUAUGAUGCGAUCAAAAAAAUUAUGCUUUGCCGUGAAAAAAUAAUUGAGUGCUUUGAAAAAUUGAAGCUGAGUCAAUUAAAAACAACAGAAUGGAAUUUUUUGGAAGAAUACAUUAAAGUUAUGCAGCCUUUGACAACAGCUUUGGAUAAACUCCAAGGUGAAAAAUCCUGUUACCUUGGUUAUGUUGCUCCAACUAUUAUAGCAAUUAGACGUAUACUAUUAAACCAAAGCCAUUUGACCUAUUGCAAGCCAUUGUCUUUAUCUAUUAUAAAAGGUCUUGAAAAACGAUACUCUUUUAUUUUUGAUUUAAAUGAUCCAAAAAGUAAGCCCUAUAUAUUGUCGUCGGUGACCCUUCCAAAAUUUAAACUCAGUUGGGUGCCUUCUCAGUUCUCUGAUAUUUGUAAAAAUUUAUUUCUGUUAGAAUGCAAUGAAGUUUGUUCUAUUAUGAAUACGGAAUCUGGACCUUCUACAACAGACAAUGAUAGUGGCGAUGAAUUUUAUACACCAAUUUCCAAUUCUCAACUAAGUACAUCACCAUUAGAAAGUUCCAAUCAGCAUAGAUCUGAAAACUUGGCUAGUGUACAAGGAUUAUCUUACUUAAAUUCCAAAAAGAAAGAUGGAAAAGAUUUAAUAAUUCUAGACCAUUAUCCAAUAGUAAAACAUAUAUUUUUAAAAUACAAUACUACAUUACCAUCUUCAGCACCAGUUGAAAGGCUCUUUAGCAAUGGAAGUCAAAUUUUAACUCCAAGAAGGAAUCGUUUGAAUGACAAGACGUUUGAGAUGUUAAUGUGUUUAAAAUCUAACAAGUUUAAUGUAUAA